AUGCCGAGAAGAAUCUCGAUGAUGAGCGACAGGCUCGUAAAGUCGCCGACGAGAAGGCGGAUGCUGCACUGGAAGGAAGGAGAAGGGCCGAGGAAGUUGUAUCACUUCAUGAACAGUGUUGGUGUUGGUGUUGGUGUUGGUGUUGGUGUUGGUGUUGGUGUUGGUGUUGGUGUUGGUGAUGAUCAAGCGGUCAAAGACGCUGAUCUGAGAGCUGAACAAGCUGAAGAUGCGAAGAAAAAGGCCCUGAUGCAAGAGAGCUGGAUGAAAGAGAACCUCGCGGAAGUGAGCAGAAAACUUGCUCAGGCGGAGAAAGAGCGAUCAGAUGCUCUUGACAACCUCAACGAACUCCAAUCGGAAUUGAGGUCAAAGAUGACGGAGAUACAGAACUUGAAAGACAAGAUCCAGGCUGAUCUCCAGUCUAGAAAGAAGCUCGAGGAAAUGAUGGAGCUGGAGAAGAAAAUGAAGAAGGAAGCCGAGGAGGCACAAGCAGCUGCUGUUGAACGCAAGAUUGAGGCAGAGAAGAGAGCAGAAGAGAAAAUCCGAGAGUUGGAGGUUGCAUUGAAGGAAAUUCGAGCUGCUGAGGAGAAGGUCAAGAAGGCAGAAGAUGCCAAGACACUUGCGGAAACAAGAACGAAAGAAGCAGAGCAGCUGAAGGAAGAAGCUGAGCGAGCUAGACAGGCAGCGAUCGAGGAAAUGAAGAAGCUCCAGGUGGAUCUUCGUGCUCAGCAAAAUCUCCGGCAGCAGGCAGAAGUGGAGGCUUCCUCAGCCAAGAAGCAGCUCCAGAUCGAGAAGUCGAACUUGCAAGAGGCACUCAAUCAAGUCAAGGUGGAGCAGGAGAAAGUUGCCCAGCUGCUCUUGGAGCUCGAGAGGCUGAAAAGGAAGAAUGCAGAGCUUGCGCAGCAGCUGGAAGACGUUCGGGUCGAGCUGAAGGAGGCAGUCUUGCUCCAGCAGCAGCUCCAGCAAGAGAGGGACAACGAGCACGCUGAGAGGAUGUCAGCUGAGAAGCAGAUCCUCGCAGAGGUUUCGAGCCAUCGGGCCACCAAGGAGCAGCUGGGGGAUGCCCAGCAGACACUUGUCCAGCUGCGAGCUGAGAAUUCCCAGCUGCUGGAGGAACUAGAGGAGCUAAGGAGAAAGCGACCCGUGCGACUCGGUGCGUCGGCGCCCUCCUACCCCGACCUGCGACCCAAGGUCGAGCAGCUCGAGAUGGCGCUGUCAGACCUCCGUUCAAAGCUGGAGGAGCUGGAGCACGAGCUGGGGAGGGAAAAGGACGCACGACAGGUGGCAGAGGCAAAGUGCUCUGCAGAGGCCAAGGCGAGGAGGAUGGCGGAGGAGGAUACUGGAAGAGAGGCAGCUCGGUGCCUGCUGGCAGAGGAGGCAGCAGUAGCAGCAACGUACGCUCGGCUGGAGGUGGAGAAGGAGAGGGACAGUGCGUACGAAGAGAGGAGGAAGGUUCAGGAGAAGCUGAUGCAGGAGAGCUCUCUGCUCCGAUCAGCUGAGGAGCGGCUGGCAAAGAUGUUGAAGGAGCUACAGGAGGCAAAAGAGCAGAGGGAGAAGGCACAGAAGAUCUCCAGGGAGCUCGAGAGGAAGCUGGAAAAGGAAAGCCAUGAGCUGGAGGAGGCGGUGAAGUCGCUCAGGAGGAUGGAGCUGGAACUUGUAGCGGCGAGAAAGGCAAAGGGAGAGGCGGAGGGGAUGGCCCAGGAGCUGGCAAGGAAGCUGCAGCAGUCCAUCGACAGGCUGAACGACGAGCACGAGAAGCUGAGAAAGUGCGAGGAGCAGCUGAGAAGUGCGACAGAUCGAGCAGAUGCUGCGGAGAAGUCAAAGGCAGAGGUGGAGGAGAGGAGGAAAGCAGCCGAGAAAGCGACGCAGAGCGAGAUGAUGGCGAGAAGAGAAGCUGAGGAGAGAGUCGCUAAGGAAGCUGAGCUGAAGCGAAUUGCUGAGCGGAACUUGGAGGUCAUAAGGGAGCAGAAGGAAGAAGCUGAGAAGCUUCUGAAAGAGUCUGAGGCCAAGAUGCAACAGCUGCUGAAGGACUGCGCGAGGUUCGAGGAUGAGGCCAGGAGGUGGAAGAUCUCGUCAGCGAACGAUCGGGCGAACAAGCUUGAGGCAGAAGCCCAUACCGCGAAGAGGGAGACGGAGAAAUUGAAGAAAGAGUUGUCCGAGCUGAGCGCGAAAUAUUCUGCUGUCCUUCUGGAGAAAGAUAGUCUGGCGAAAUCAGUCGAGGAUCUUUCGUCUGCUCUUGAGAAACUCCGAGCGAAACUUCUUUCACUGGAAGAGGCUCUCAAGAAAGCAGAGCAAGAGAGGGACAACGCUCGCCGACAAGCCGAAGAUCUCAAGAAAAAGAUCGCGGAGAUGGACAGAGAGCUUCGCGAUCUUCAAGCUGAGAAAGAGCUCCUCCGGAACAAGAGCUGCGGAUGUGAGGAGGAGCUAGCUGCGUUGAGAAAGAAGCUUGAGGAGCUGGAAAAGAAUCGCACGAAGCUCGCAGCUCCUCCUCCCAAGCGCGCAGGAGUUGGUCUCCUGCUGGGCAAGUUCGAGGUGAGAACUCGAUAG